AUGGCCGAUAAUGUCGCAACGAAAUCUCCACUGGCGACCUUGUUUCAUUUCCUGGGACUUGGUUUGCUAUUGAAUGCCUUCCGGCUCACUUAUCGCCCAGACUAUUUUAUCUUGGCUUUAUUCGCCAAGAUGGGCGGUCGCGCCAAUUUUCUCACUAUGUGGGGCUUGUUCUUUUCGACGGUCACUUUCGUUUUCAAUACUUUGAUUACCUUGUUUCCCAGGAAUUCGUCUCUACGGGAUUUCAGAAAGUUAUCACUUGCGAUUGCAUUGCCGAUCGAGUCGGUAGUUACAACGCUUUAUUGGCCCAUAGUUCUCUAUAAUCCUAAGAUGAUGAUGAAUCCCGAGCUCGAAGCAGUCUUUCCUCUUACUGUGGAUCUGGCUCUGCAUCUCUACCCAGCAAUAUUGCUUUGGAUAGAUUAUUUUGCUUUUUCAGAUCGGUUUGCUAGCUCUUCGAAUGGCAAGAUCAAGCUCUCCAACAGUAUCCAACUGAGCACCUUGGAACUGAAUACCAUAAUAACCGUGGCAUAUGUCUCUCGAAUUGAGCUGUUGUCUAGCCUAAAAAGCGAAGUUCCACGUUACCAAUCUACGUAG